ACGAACGAAAGAAAGGAAUAUUAACGUUUAAUCGAAAUUAGGAAAAAAGAAAAAUUAAUUCCACGUCUUACUAAACGAAUAUUAAGAGACUGAUUAAUUUUCUCGUUUCCUUAGAGAUUCAUAAAUUUAACAAUUGGCGAUACAUAUACGUCCAUAACGAAUCCCUCUAUUCCAUACCGGUUUUCCACUGUUUAUAUAGUGUUGUGGAAGGAGAGGGAGAACCAACCGGUGAGAGACGACGACGACGACACGGGGAAAGAAAGACGAAGACACGUCCAUUAUAGUGUUCCUCCUGAAGGCUCGAGGCGCAGUAUGGCUCGCGGUAUCGAUUCGUGGACCUUCUCUUCGUUAAUCGAUCCUCUCUGGCUUCUUCGAUCGAAAUUCGUUCCCCGAGCAAGGGGAUAAAUACGAUUUAUUUCUGAAAACGCGGUGCUAUGUGUAUACACGCAUAUUGGUGGCCGGGAGUGAAAAGUAUCGGUCGAGCGAGAACGAGCGAGAUAUCAACGGGUCCUUUUGACUUGUUGGAAUUUGGUAUCCGAGGCGGGAAUAUUAACGUCGAAUCGAGCGUUGAAAUGUGUUUAGAUUGGAAUUCUCCAGAUUGCCCGAAUAUUAUAGGAAAAUAUUGAUAUUUUCCCCAUAUCCGAAACUCGACCGGCUUCAUCGAUCCCCAGAUCCCGUUUCAGGAAUUCGAUUCUUAUUCUUAUUACCUUUGUCAGUGUUUCUUUCUUGUAGUGUUUCUGCAGAAUGCUUGUUUCCAUCACGAUUCGUCGACGUUAAUAUUCCAUCGUAAUAAAUGUUUCUCGUUUCACGUUCCACACGUUUUAUCGGGAUUAUAAUUAUAAUUAAGAAAAUUUAUGGGAAAUUAGAUUCUCGAUUAAAUUUCAAAAGUGAUUGAACGAAUAGUAUGUUGUUCGUACGAAAUUAAAAGUACGCGUAAGUACGUCAUCGCGGUAACACAAUACUUGGAUAAGUAGACGAAGUUACAAGAUUGUGAAACAGUGGCUCUUUGUGGAGAAAAGAAAGAAGAGUGCAUGAGUGCAUCUCUGGACAUAAUAAUCUCAUAUUGUGUCAUCUGACAGUGGUUUAUUCUCCUGUACAUAUCUGGAAAAUGUUCAUCGAUUGUAUACCUUGGUUCAGUUGCUUCAAAUGCGGUUCAACCUCCCCGGAAACUCCGAAGGUCUACGGGUUAAGCUUCAAGUUACUCGGAUUGUCACCGGAACUGGGACAACGGGUGCACUUCGCGGAGGGCACGAACUUACGGUGCCGCGAAGAUAAGAAAUCGCCGACCGAUGAUGAUGAGGAAAGGUUGGCAACAAUGGAUGGCUCCCUUCCGCCGAUUCUCAUCUCUCACGAUGAUACUCGCGCGGAGGGGUUGCGAAUGGUGUGAAAAUAACGAAUAUAUUGUAUAAAGUGGUGGAAGAAAAAGGGGUGAAUAUUGAAAGAAGGAGUGCGAAAGGGAUGAAAGGUGUUUGAAAAAAUUAGGAAAAAAAUUCUGCGUGCGAAUAUUCGUGGUCGAAGCGAAUGGUUAGAGAUUGGUUGGGAAAAGGAUGAAAGAUGGUUAUGUAGGGUGCUUAUCUAAAUAAUUAAAUACAGAUUUCUUGUCAGAAUUA